AUGCCGGACUCCGGACCCUCGUUGUGCAGCGUCCUCGACCCCCAUGCUUGGUUCGACCCGCAGAGGCUGCACCCAGAAGUGGAGUCGCUGAUCUACUGGCGGAACGCGGUGCGGUCGGGCGCGGCGCUGGGCGGCGGGCUGGUGCUGCUGGUGGCGCUGGCCUCGUGCUCCGUGGUGUCAGUGGUGGCGUACGCCGCGCUGCUGGCGCUAGCAGCCGCGCUCGCGCUGCGCGUCUACCGCAACGUGCUGCAGGCCGUGCAGAAGACCACCGACGGACACCCCUUCAAAUGGCUGCUGGAGAAGGACAUCAGUGUGCCGGCCGAGCGCGCUCAGGAACUGGCCGCCGCCGCUACCGCUCACCUGAAUGCCACCACGCACGAGCUGCGCAGGUUGUUCCUGGUUGAGGACCUGGUGGACUCGCUGAAGUUCGGUGUGCUGCUGUGGUGCCUCACCUACGUCGGCGCCUGCUUCAACGGCAUCACUCUUAUCAUUCUAGGAUGGGUGGCGCUGUUCACGCUGCCGAAGGCGUACGAGAUGAACAAGACGCAGGUGGACGCCAACCUGGAGCUGGCGCGCACUAAGAUCAACGAGAUCACCGCCAAAGUACGAGCGGCCUGCCCGCUGGGUAAGAAGACGGAGACUGAGAAGGACAAGUAG